GGUUGACUACGCAUGCUCCUCAUCUAAUCAGAAAACUACUAUAUAUAUGUAUGUAUGUAUGUAUGUUCACAGAGUAGGGCAAGAUUUAAUACAACACGCAGCAAAUUUGCUGCCAUAUCCCAAUUAAAUCCUUAGGGUUAGAUCGAUCGAGCAUGGCAGAGACAACGACCGCAAGUGCAAUUGUUCUUCAAGUCCUGGGCAGAGAUAACUAUGAGGAUUGGAGUGUACGGGUCAGAACCUAUUUGAUGGCAAAAGAUCUUUGGGAUGUGGUUGAAGCCCGUGGUGAACCACCUAAAGCUGAGGAGGGUGAACCUAAAUGUAAGACCUGGAGGAAAAAUAAUGCAGAGGCUCUGCACGCAAUUCAAAUUUCUUGCGGUCCUGAUACGUUUCGUUUGAUCCGUGACAAAACCACGGCAGAAACUGCGUGGAACACUUUGGAAGCCCAGUUCAAACCAUAUUUACAGAGAACUCCAGGAAAUGCCAACAACUUUCGUCAAUAUGAAGAACUCUUUAAAGCUAUCAAGGAUGGCAAUUGCGAGGCCACAAAUGAGUUUCUGGAAAAAAAUAAGAAUGCAGAAAGUGCCCCAAUUACUUACUUAGAGAAAACAGCUCUUCACAUCGCAGCCGAUGCCGGGCAGCUGAAAAUAGUGGAAUUGUUGGUGAACAAGAUGAGUAAGGACGACUUGAAGAUCAAAGGAAAAGAUGGCAAGACUGCUCUUGUUGUUGCUAUAAAUACAGGAAAAAAAGAAAUGGUUAAAUGCAUGGUUAGAAAGGACGAAUAUAUUGUUCGCAUUCGUGAUGGUUCCAAUAGACUUCCUGUUGUCUUGGCAUAUCGAAAUAGCUUUUGGGAUAUAGCUAGGUAUCUCUAUUCUAAAACUCCAGUGGAAGAUUUAAAUGGCUCUAAUGGCGCAACACUUGUUUCUCAAUGUUUUUAUGCAAAACAAUAUGAUAUUGCGUGGGAUCUAAUUCAUCGGUGCCCAAGCUUGAUCACUACUAAAGACCUCUUUGGGGAAUCUCCAUUACUUGCAUUGGCUUCUGUCCCUGCUGCAUUCCAGAGUGGCAUGCAACUAAUAUUCUGGAAAAAGUGGAUCUAUAACCGUAUUCAAAUACCUGAUUCUCCUGAUUUCAAUGAUGAUAAUGAUACUCGUAUAACAAUUGAGGAUGGGAAUGACAAUAUCGACACCAACAAUAAUAACACCAUCGCCAUUUCAACAUUAUCAUCUAUAUUUCACAAGAAUUUCAUAUGGUCAGUCGUAGGUUUGCCGCGAAAGUUUAUUUGGAAGCUUUUAGGAAUCAACCACAUAUAUGAAAUGAAACUAGUUCAUACCCGAUCUACAGAAUUUCUUAACUGCAUGUGUGAUGGGAUAAAGCAUCUGAACGAUGAACAAAUGAAAGAUGGAGUUCUACAAUCAUCAGUCUUACGAGCUGUCGAGAGAGGAAUUCCUGAGUUUGUUAUUGGCAUAUGUAAUGCGAAUCGAGAACUUGCUCGAGGCACUAAUGAAAUGGGACGGAGCAUAUUUCACUAUGCCAUUAAAUGUCGACAAGAAAAAGUUUACAACCUUAUUUAUGGGCAUGACAUGAGAAAUGCGAUUUCAAGUCUUACAGACGCAUAUAAUAAUAACAUGUUACAUAUGGCAGCAUUGUUGUCUCCAUUUGCACAACUCAAUCGCAUUCCAAGUGCAGCUUUACAAAUGCAGAGAGAAUUACAAUGGUUCAAGGAGGUGGAAACUGUUGUAGCUCCCAAGGCCCGUGAGUUCAUAAAUUGGACCGAUUAUAUGACACCAAGGGAUCUAUUUACAAAACAUCACAAAAAUUUGUUGAAGGAAGGAGAAAAAUGGAUGAAAGAUACGGCUACUUCUUUUACAGUGGUUGGGGCUCUUAUUGUUACCCUCAUGUUUGCCACAGCAUUUACGGUUCCCGGAGGAUAUAAAGAAGAUACAGGUUUUCCAAUAUUCAUAAAUGAAAGGUUGUUUAUGGUAUUUAUAAUUUCAGAUGCCAUUUCAUUAUUUUCAGCUACAACAUCAUCGUUGAUGUUUUUGGGAAUCCUCACAUCACGUUAUGCAGAAGAUGAUUUUCUCAAAUCUCUACCCACAAAGAUGAUAAUAGGGCUAUUCACCCUUUUUUUCUCCAUUGCAACCAUGAUGAUAGCAUUUUCUGCUGCCCUGAUACUUAUACUUCAAGAAAAACCAUGGACUGCCAUUCCAAUUAUUUUGUUAUCUUGUGUUCCGGUUACCUUAUUCGCUGUUAUAAAAAUUCCCCUGCUUAUUGAAAUUAUUCUUUCUACUUACGGACAGGGAAUAUUUGAUAAGAAUUGUAAGAAAUGGUUAUUGUAA